AUGUCCACUCCUAGCCCCACCCCCACAACAACCAAACUCGAGCUCCGAACCGCCUAUGGUCCCGUCUAUCGCGAUGUACUCAACACACCACCUCGUCCCUGUACCGAUACUGAAAUCCCUAUAAUCGACCUCUCGAAUAUAGAUUCUCCUAAUCUGAGUGAUCGACAAGCGUUAGCAGCAGAAGUACGAGCUGCGGCUGUAGGGACGGGAUUUUUUUAUGUGAAGAAUCAUGGGAUUGAGGAGGAGGUUAUUGCGAGGGCGAAGGAACAAGCCUUGAGUUUCUUCAAACAACCAUAUGAAGAAAAAGCCAAAAUAGAUAAAAGGCAUUCCCGCUAUUUCAACGGCUACAUGGGAUUAAAAAGUUCCAACAUCAGCCCCGGAGAAAGUGUAGACGUCAAAGAAUCCAUCGCCUGGCGCUACGAACCCGAAAACGACCCCGAUCACCCACAAACUCUUUCCUCCAUCCCCUCUGAAGUAAAACCCUUUAUACGAGGUGAAUCCUUCGUCUGGGAAGGAACAUCGCACCUCCCCAAUUUCAAAACCGACACACUCGCCUACUGGAAAUCCUGUCUCACUCUCGCGCGCAAACUCGUGCGAGUCUUCGCACUAAGUCUCUCACUCCCUGAAGAUUACUUCGAUAGUCGAGUGACGUAUCCCGGCGCCGAUGGUCUCUACAAUUACUAUCCCCCCAGCACCGAAGAGGAGAAAUCAAAUAAUAGUGUAGGAUUAGGUAGUCAUACCGAUCUACAACUUUUUACAUUAUUAUGGCAGGAUAUGAUAGGAGGAUUACAGGUAUUAAAUAAAGAAGGACAAUGGAUUAUGGCUGUACCCAUCGAGGGAACCAUCGUAGUGAAUAUUGGAGAUUUCAUGAUGAGACUUUGUAAUGAUAUGUAUAAGAGUACUGUGCACCGAGUUUAUAACCGGGCUUCCGUGGAGCGAAUAUCCAUGCCAUUCUUUUUUGGACUUAAUUUCAACUGUGUAGAAGGCGUAAUAUCUACAUGCACCGAUGAAAAUAAUCCACCCAAAUAUGAACCAAUAUCUUGUGGCGAUUGGUGCCAACUCCGCUUCAAAUUGGAGAAUGAUGAGUUUAAAGAGAAGGCUGCACGGGCGCAGGCACCUAGUGCUGUUGUUGUGAAGGCUUAG